CAAGACUCUCCCUGGCAGGGAAGAAUAAAUGAGUUUUGCUUAAAAAUAUUAAAAUAAAUUAUACAAUUAUUCCACAAUGUCCUUACUGAAUGCAUUCUCAAGAUUAACAUUGCAAUCGUCUAAAUAUUUGGCACAACCUACGGCAUGGCUCCAUACAUCACCGGUACUGUGUGCUGAACCCCUGAAGAAAAAGAAGAAGUUGGAUCCACAAAUCAUCAAGCAGCGUGAAGAAAGGCGUAAAAAGAAGUUGGAAAAACAAAUUAGACGUUUGGAAAAGAAUGCCCGCCAAUUGAAACCGAUUGAGGAAUUGGAGGUCCCAUUGACGUUGAUAGAUGAAAAAAAACAACGUACACGUGUCUUACCACCAUUGAGUGAAGAAGAACUGGAAAGGAGAAUCCAACUUAACAAGCAAUGGUCACGUUAUAAACAUGAACAGAAAAUGCAUGAAUAUCAGAUUAUGGAUCGUAUAAUGCAGUCACAGCGUAAAGCUCUGGAAGAGCUACGUUUGGAAUCGGAAGAACUAUAUCAAGAAGCCAUACAACCCGAUAUGACACUUUUGCCAGUUAAGAUCAAGGGUCCUGUAGCUACACCACCUAUUCCCAAUUAUGUAUCGCCCGAUGGUGAAUAUAUACUAGAAUCCAAAAAAUGGGAUAUUUAAUAUCACCUAGGAUA